UCCAGCGGUACAGGUUACUAUACUGGACGCUAGGAAGCAGCUGGGUGCUUAGCGCAAAGUUUCAACAAGGUACCCGGAAGUAUCCAGGUUAAAUUAUGCUAAAGAUAAAAUAGAGUCAACAAAUAUGUCGGAAAGUGUUCGAUACUGUGCGAAGUGCUCGUAUAUCUUCCUGAAGUUUACUUUAGUGGCCUAUGCUACGGUGUUCUGGCUGAUAGGCGGCUUCAUCUUGGCCAUUGGCAUUUAUGCUGAGGUGGAGAGGCAGCGCUAUAAAACUCUGCAGGGGGUCUUCCUUGCUCCAGCCAUCAUUCUCAUCGUUCUGGGGAUUGUCAUGUUUAUCGUCUCCUUCAUUGGCGUGUUGGCGUCACUGCGAGACAACUUGACUCUCCUCAAAGUGUUCCUCUACACAUUGGCAGUCUGUCUGAUUUUGGAGCUCCUGGGUGGAAUUGUGGCUCUGCUGUUCAGGAACCGAACAGUGGAUCUUCUUAACAAAAAUGUUCGUAAAGGCAUGGUGAAUUACUACGAUGAUCUAGACUUCAAAAACAUCAUGGACUUUGUUCAAAGGAAGUUCAAAUGCUGUGGUGGGACGGAGUACAAAGACUGGGCGGUGAACAUGUACCACAACUGCUCAGCCCCAGGACCUCUGGCCUGUGGAGUACCUUAUACAUGCUGUGAUAGCAAGCCAAAUGAAGUUACAAAUACGUUGUGUGGGUACAAAGUCCUAGAAAAAGAGAGACUUGACCUCAUAAACAUCAUCUAUGUGCGAGGAUGCACUGAUGCUGUCUUUCUCUGGUUAAUGGAUAAUUACAAGACCAUGGCUGGACUCCUACUUGGUAUUUUACUUCCUCAGUUCUUUGGUGUGAUUGUGACCUGGCUGUACAUCACUCGCGUGGAGGAUGCCAUCGAGGAGUACGGAAACUAUCAGGACAUCCUGAUAAACGGAGAAGCCAAGAAACAGGGCAAGCUGGCCAAGUGCUGUAAAUGCAUGCCUCUGUUUGACUAAGUGAACUUUGACCUUGGAAACACUCUAACCAAAGAGCAUCAGCUUAAAGUACAUGGUCUUAUUCACCAUGAACCACACACAAGCGUUACUUUCACAUUCAAAUGGGCUUUGACAUUUUGUCAUAAUUGCACUGGACAAAUAAACUGUAUUCGGUUUUAGAAGUAGAUAAUUACAUAGAAUAUUUAACAUUUUAGAAUAAUUUUAUUAUUCAUAUGUUUUUUAAAAAAAUAAAAGAACCACUAUACAUUGUACAACACUUUUAUACGUUUUCAACACAUCAAAUUGUGCCUUUUAUAAUAAGGGAUAUCAAGGUUUAAAGGUUUGCUUCUCAGAAGAUUAUGUUUUUUGUAUACACAGAUCAGCCAUAACAUUUAACCCACCUGCUUAAUAUUGUGUAGGUCCCCUUCUGCCACCAAAACAGAGACCUGUUGAGGCAUGGGCUCCACAAGAGCUCUGAAGGUGUGCUGUGGUAUCUGGCACCAAGACCUUAGCAGCAGGUCCUUUAAGUCCUGUAAGUUGUGCGAUGGGGCCUCCAUGGAUAGGACUUCUUUGCCCAGCACAUCCCACAGAUGCUCGAUUGGGUUGAGAUCCGGGGAAUUUGGAGGCCAAGUAAACACCUUGAUCUCUUUGUCAUGUUCAAACCAUUCCUGAACAGUUUUUGCAGUGUGGCAGGGCGCAUUAUCCUGCUGAAAGAGGCCACUGCCCUUAGGGAAUACCGUUGCCAUGAAGGGGUCUGCAACAAUGUUUAGGUAGGUGGUAAGUGUCAAAGUAACAUCCACAUGAGUGCCAAGACCCAAGGUUUCCCAGCAGGCUUGCCUUCUUCCCAUAGUGCAUUGUGGUGACAUCUCUUCCCCAGGUAAGCGAUGCACACGCACCCGGCCUUCCACAUGAUGUAAAAGAAACUGUGAUUGAUCAGACCAGACCACCUUCUUCCAUUGCUCUGUGGUCCAGUUCUGACGCUCACAUGCCCAUUGUAGGCACUUUCGGCACUGGACAGGGGUCAGCAUGGGCACGAUGACUGGUCUGCUGCUACACAGCCCCAUAAGCAGCAAGCCGCAAUGCACUGUAUGUUCUGACACCUUUCUAUCAUAGCCAGCAUGAACUUUUUCAGCAAUUUGUGCUACAAUAGCUCUUCUGUGGGAUCAUACCAGAUGGGCUGUCACUGGUUCACUGGUUGUCCUUCCUUGGACCACUUUUGGUAGGUUCUAACCACUGCAUACUGGGAACACCCACAAGACCUGUUGUAUUGUAGAUGCUCUGCUGACCCAGUCAUCUAGCCAUCACAAUUUAGCCCUUGUUUCCUGCUUCCAACACAUCAACCGUGAGAACUGACUGUUCUCCCCACCCCUUGACAGGUGCCAUGGUAACGAAAUAAUCACUGUUAUUCAUUCCACCCAUCUGUGGUUUUAAGGUUAUGGCUGAUUGGUGUAAGCCUUAGUACUGUAAGUGGCGUAUCUUGCUUUAACCACUUUCUAAAACAUUAAGAAAAAAAACCUACCACUUAACUCUCACUGCAUUACAUUUAUGGCAGUCUGGGAAAACCCAGUGGAUGUUCCCAAUACCAGUGACUAUAUUCAGUGGAAGGAUGGGGAAACUAGUGACUUCCUUGAUAUUUCGGGAAUUGAAUAAAUUGCUACUGACACUGAGUACUGUUCGAAACAAUUGCCUAAGAAGUGGAAAAGCAUAGCCAAAAACAAAUGUGGCUACAAUGCUAAAGAAGUCCUCUCUCAUAUAAAUACUCUUCACACUGCAGUUCCACCACCUCCUCUCCCGUACACACACUCUCGGCACAGCAAUGCCAGCAAUAGCUGCAAAAACGCUUUCUCAACUACAUCAUGUACAUCAGACGAGCUGUUUUUCUGAAUUCCAGAGCAAAUUACGGUGCAUGCUACUAGCACAUUUAUUUCUUGUUCUACUAUAAUGGAUUGUCAUAACAAAUAUGACCUUUUUUUGUUGAUGUGAAUCAUAAAAUGCUGAUAUUGAUGUGGGACUUUUCAAGAGAUGGGUGCUUUCACAUUAAAGACAUAUAUAAGUCACUUACAGUUGCAAAUGUGAACGGUCAAGAUGGACAUAUCUGAGCAAAAAAAUCGGAAUUGUGUAAUGAAGCUGGUAAUGUGAAUGUUGCCUUAGUGUGAUUUCUUCACACAGUGCACAAUCAGGCUUCAAUCAAGUUGUUGGAUAGUUACGUGCCAUAGAAAAUGUGCCUAAAUCUAAUCAUUUCAGUUCAUAAUCAGAUCAAACUAUCCACCAUGCCUCAGAAAUUUUCUCCAUCUUCACUUUUUGAGGUAACCAGAUUUUAAAAUGUUAUAACUAUACUUGUGAUGCCAAAGGGAAACAUUUCUGUUUCAUGUAGAUUUCAGACUUCUAAUUUCACAGUGGGAAAGGUUUUCUUAGAUCAUCAUACAUACUACGCUCCAAAUUUAAGCAAUCCUGAUUAUUCUCAUUUAACAUAUCUAAAUGUUCAGUGUAUUUGGCCUUGACCAUUUUACUCCCUGAAUAUGGUGUAUUUGACAUGGUCCACUGUCUCCGUUCUCUUUCAGAGCCUUGAGGUUAAUAUACAUCCGAGCAAACGUUUAAACCUGCAUGAUCACUCGCUCUCGUUCGCCACAGCACCUUUGCCACUGUUUAAUUCGUACUGUAAUGACCAUUUAAUGACAUUUGUCGCUCUUGUAAAAUCGGCUGGGGGUUAUUUUGAUUUUUAUAAUUUUCACUACUUUGUUUUAAAAAGUUUCCAUAAUUCUGCAUACUAUUAUAUUGAAGUGUAUAUUAUAUACUCGGGGAAAACUUGGGGAAAGCUAGAUUCUAUACAGUGUAUUUGUUAUAAUAAAAACAGGGUACAGAUUUCAGUUGUUUAUUUAUUCUUUAAAUAUCUGUAUUUUUGGCCAUACGGGUUACGGAUGAAUAUGAAAUUAUAAAACAUUUAAUUUGUUUUUUUUCUACUGAUUUAAUUGUCUGCCUCUAAUCAACAGUCUUAAUCUAGCUGAAAUUGAAUGAACAUAUAAACUAUGCUUUGUGUUCUUCUCUAUGUUUAAUAUGAUGAAUAAAUAAAUACACAAAAAAUAAUGCAGUAACAUGUAAUUGUUUUAUUGAAGAAAGUGAUAUAAAGCACUGUGUUGGAUUUUAAUGUCAUCUUAUACCACAGCACUGUUGAAUUGUCACUUCUGACUGGUCACAAGGUGUUGAUUAAUUUUCUGUAACAGCAGUUUUGACAAUAGUGCUGGCAAUAAUUUAAAUCUCAGGUUAAUAUUAAUGCAAUUGUUCUUGAGUAACAGCUCAUUCAGAGGGAUGGAUGCUCCACAUGAUAUAAGCCUAAUAAUAAACAUAUUAAAAUGUUCUGUUAUUUAAUAAAAUAAAACAUAUGCUACAGGAGUUUUCAGGACAGGAGUUUCUUAGCAAGUGCAUUGUUUUAGGUAUAUUACCUUUAAGAAAAAGUGAGGUAAUGAUUGUUUAUUCCUGCUAUAAGAUAUGUGAUCAUAAGAUCUAACUUGUUUUACAGAUUUUCUACAACAGUAAAUGGA